AUGGCGAGUAGUAGUAACAGAAUGAGCGUGCUCCUUUUUCUGGCUAUGGCGGCGGUGAUGACGACGACGGUGCAUGGGCAGGGAACUCGGGUCGGGUUCUACUCGACCACCUGCCCGAGCGUCGAGACCACGGUCCGGUCCGCGGUUCAGUCCCGGUUCGGCUCCGACCCCACAGUCCUGGCCGGGCUGCUCAGGAUGCACUUCCACGACUGCUUCGUCCAGGGCUGCGACGGCUCCGUCCUCAUCUCCGGCGCCGGCACCGAGAGGACGGCCAUCCCCAACCUGUCCCUCAACGGGUUCACCGUCAUCGACGACGCCAAGGCGCAGCUCGAGGCGGCUUGCCCCGGCGUCGUCUCCUGCGCUGACAUCCUCGCGCUCGCUGCUCGAGACGCCGUCGUUUUGGCGAAUGGGCCGACUUGGGCUGUGCCGACGGGACGGAGGGACGGGAUAGUCUCGCGGGCGCAAGAUGCGUUGGAUAACUUGCCGGGACCUUCCGACUCCGUUGAAUCCCAGAUCCAGAAGUUCACCGACCGGAAUCUCAACGUUCAGGAUCUUGUUACUCUCACCGGAGGACACACCCUAGGAACAGCAUCGUGCGCGACCUUCAACGACCGGCUGUUCAACUACCAGGGCACCGGCGGCCCGGACCCGUCGAUCGCCGCCGACUUCCUGCCCACCCUCCGGUCGGCCUGCCCGCAGAACAACAACGGCGCGGCGCGCGUGGCGAUGGACACGGGAAGCCAGAACGAGUUCGACACGUCCUACUACACCAACAUCAGGAACGGGCGGGGAGUCCUGGAGUCGGACCAGCGGCUGUGGACCGACAACCGGACCGGGCCCUUCGUGGGCCGCUUCUUGGGCCUCGGUGGGGGCCCGAAUCUGAACUUCAACACCGAGUUCGGCCAGGCCAUGGUCAGGAUGGGCAAUGUUGGCGUCAGGACGGGGACGGACGGCGAGAUCCGCCGUGUCUGCUCCGCCGUCAAUUAG